GCAAGAUAAGCCUGAUUUUUCAUGACUGCUUUUUCCUGCCCUUCUGUGCCCUCAGGACACUGCCCAUCUCUACGAUAAGAACCUGGAAGGGGGACUCUGUUGGCCAUUGAAAAUUGCAGAAUAAUGUCUCAGGUGACAUUUGGUGAUGUGGCUAUAGACUUCUCUCAUGAAGAGUGGGCAUGCCUAGAUUCUGCUCAGAGGGACUUAUACAAGGAUGUGAUGGUCCAGAAUUAUGAGAACCUGGUCUCUGUAGCAGGUCUUUCCGUAACUAAGCCAUAUGUGAUCAUGUUAUUGGAGGAUGGAAAAGAGCCCUGGAUGAUGGAGAAAAAACUGUCAAAAGGUAUGAUUCCAGAUUGGGAAUCAAGAUGGGAAAACAAGGAAUUAUCAACAAAGAAAGAUAUUUAUGAUGAAGAUUCACCCCAACCAGUAACAAUGGAAAAAGUUGUAAAACAAAGUUAUGAAUUUUCAAAUUCUAAUAAGAAUUUGGAAUAUACAGAAUGCGACACAUUUAGAAGCACCUUUCAUUCAAAGCCUACUCUUUCUGAACCACAAAACAAUUCUGCUGAAGGGAAUUCACACAAAUAUGAUAUAUUAAAGAAGAAUUUAUCAAAAAAGUCAGUUAUAAAAAGUGAGAGAAUAAAUGGUGGAAAGAAACUUUUAAGUUCUAAUAAAAGUGGGGCAGCCUUCAACCAGAGCAAAUCUCUUACCCUUCCCCAGACUUGUAAUAGACAGAAAAUCUAUACAUGCAGUGAAUGUGGGAAAGCCUUUGGCAAACAGUCAAUCCUCAAUCGCCACUGGAGAAUUCAUACAGGAGAGAAGCCCUAUGAAUGUCGUGAAUGUGGGAAGACUUUUAGCCAUGGCUCAUCCCUUACACGACAUCAGAUAAGCCAUAGUGGAGAGAAACCUUACAAAUGUAUUGAAUGUGGGAAGGCCUUUAGCCAUGGCUCAUCACUUACUAACCAUCAGAGCACUCACACGGGAGAGAAACCAUAUGAAUGUAUGAACUGUGGAAAGUCUUUUAGUCGUGUGUCCCUUCUCAUUCAGCAUCUAAGAAUUCAUACGCAAGAAAAACGCUAUGAGUGUCGUAUAUGUGGAAGGGCCUUCAUUCAUAGUUCGUCUCUCAUUCACCAUCAGAAAAGCCAUACUGGAGAGAAGCCUUAUGAAUGUAGUGAAUGUGGGAAAGCUUUCUGCUGUAGCUCACACCUUACUCAACAUCAAAGAAUUCACAGUAUGAAGAAAAAAUAUGAAUGCAACAAAUGUCUCAAGGUCUUUAGUAGCUUCUCAUUUCUUGUUCAACAUCAGAGUAUUCAUACUGAAGAAAAACCGUUUGAAGUUUAGAAAUGCAGGAAAUCCUUCAACCAGCUUGAAUCACUGAAUAUGCAUUUGAGAAAUCACAUUAGAUUGAAACCCUACGAAUGCAGUAUAUGUGGGAAAGCCUUUAGUCAUAGGUCAUCCCUGCUUCAACAUCACAGAAUUCAUACUGGAGAGAAACCUUACGAAUGUAUUAAAUGUGGGAAGACCUUCAGCUGUAGUUCAAACCUUACUGUACAUCAGAGAAUUCACACUGGAGAAAAGCCAUAUAAAUGUAGUGAGUGUGGGAAAGCUUUUAGCAAAGGCUCGAAUCUUACUGCCCAUCAAAGAGUACAUAAUGGAGAGAAACCCAAUAGUGUGGUAAGUGUGGAAAAGCCUUUAGAUCAUAUGAAUCCCUAUACAUGUGAGAAAUCUUACAGAAGAGAAGCAGUGUUUAUCAUGGUAAACUUCAUUCAUAGAUCCUCCCUUAUUUAACAUCAGAAAAAUUUAUACUGGGGAAAAGUUGUAUGAAGGUGGUGAACAUGGGAGACUUUUAGCAAUGAUGCAGAUGUUUUUAUUAGAGUUUAUACUGUAGAGAAAUCAUAUGAAGUCAAUAAAUGUGGGAAAGCCUUUGUCAGUAUUAAUCCCUUAAUUGACGUAAGUAUACUCACACUAGGAAAAAUCUGUGUACAUGUAGCAAAUGUGGGAAAGACUAUAGGCAAUAGGAAUCUCCUGCAAACUCCUACAGGAGAAAAGUUGUAUGAAUGUGGAAACUUUAGAAAUUGAAGGAAUUUUUCAGUUCCAAGUGCAUCCCUUAUUCCAUAGGAAAUAAACUGGAGACAAAUCUCAUUUAAGAGAUGCAGCAAAGUGUUCACUAAGAGUGUUUAUCUUGCCAGACAUAAGAAGAUGAAUGGUAGAGCAACCUGAAGGAUUUAGAAAUUACAUGUAAAUCUUUGCAGUGAUGCUAUUUGUAAACAGGAUUAUAUAGGAGAGCAAAUAAACAUAAGUAUGCAUUUCUUAGAGCAGUAGCUUGCAGUUUCAGUUGAGUUUUACUUAGAAAUUCUUUUUAGCUAGUGGGCAUGUGAAGAUAUUUAGUCACCCAGAGGAGCCAGUAAAUGUUAUAAUGUUAAAAAUUAAAGCUGCAAAAGAAAUAAAAUAGUGUUAAUAAAAAUGUGGCAUCUAAUAAAAUCAUUUUGUGUAUCAUGAA